AUGGCGCGGCCGCCGGCCAUUAGCAUGCACCGGACGAGCGGCCGCGCGGCACCCGGGCCCGCGCUGUCCCCGCGCCCGCCCGGCGGCGCCCAUUGUGCCCGGGCCGCGCCGCGGGGCGGCCCCGAGCCCGCCCGCAGCCCUCAGCGCGCCCGACGGCCGGUCUCUGCAAGUUGGGGCCCGCGCCUCCCGCCGGCCCGGGAAGCACGUGAACUUGGAGAAAGUCGCGGGGCGCGCCGGCCCGGACCUCCGCGGCAGGGCGUGGGCGCCCCCGGCCCGGCGCGCUUUCGUUUUCGUCGGGGACAAAGGUCCCCCGAGGCGCUAGUCGCGGACGCGGAGACCGGGUGCUGCCCGCCGCUCCUCGGAGAGGUCCGGUGGCUCCGUACGGGCAAGCCGGGGUCAGAAGAGGAGGAGCGGCGUGGUGCGGGACCUGGCGGCUGGGGCCUGGCCGUGCGCCUCGCCCGGCCGUCGCUCCGUCCCGGAGCCGUCCCGCCCUGCGAAGAGUUGCGGGAGAUGGCACCGUGCUGCGCUCUGCGGUUUACACGCGCCAAGGAGGGAAGCGUUUCGGACCAGGACUCAGACCCGUGGCCCAGGGCCUGUGCGGUGCGGGCACGAGAGCGCAGCGCCGGCCGCGUCCCCGCGCGCUCCUCCGCCAAGGGCAGGGCAGUCGACCUGCGUGUCACGGGUCACUAUCAGGUUCCGGGGCGACUCCUGAGGAUGCCUCUCGACCCGGGUCUUGGCAUCAGACCUGUACUCACGAGCAGCCCCGGGAACACGGCGCCGGGCUGGGUGCUCCCGCAGGAGUGGGCAAGGUGAACCCCGCGCCUUGCUUGUUCGGCAAAGCCAAGGGCAGAAGAGCAGGACCU